CCAACCUCCUUCAUGUCCUCCACAAUAUACAACCAUAGGAGCUUGCAACCUACGGUUCCCCCUGCCCAAGGGCCAAACCAGCACAGUCAUGUCAGGCUUAAUGAGGCCGUCGAUACCAUCCGCCAAGAAUUUGAUGUUAUCACCUCUGACCUUGGCAUCCUUCGCAAUCAACGAGACGAGUAUGAAUCCAAAGUCACUUCACAAAUAAACGAGUUGAACAUCGUUCGCCAGUCACUGUAUGAGCUGGAAUCUCAACAUGGCAAGAUUCGACAGACAUACGAAGAGGAGCUGAGUCGCCUCAGAGGAGAGCUCCAUGCACUUCGACAAGGUGUACCAGCAGGAGCUCCACAUCCGCCCGUCGGUCCCGCUUCAGUCGGGCCUUCCGGUCCACCUGCACCUCCGCCUGCAGUCCCCGGUGUGCCUCCUGGGCCUGGCUCAUACAACGAGCCUUACUACAGUCGAGAUCGCGAUCGUGAACGCGAGCGGGAAAAAGACCGCGAACGUGCUGAUCGUGAACGCGAGCGCGAAGUACGUGACCGACAGCGUGAAGAGCGCGACCGAGAUCGCGAACGUCCACCGGCGGAGGCUCGGGAUUCAAAGCGUAUAAAGACUGAGCGUAUGAAGGGUGAUACUCGUCCAGAUCAUUAUAGUCCUUCUCUUCAACCCCCAAAUGCGAAGCUCCCCCCUGUACCUGGAGCACCUCCUGCCUUGACUACUUUCCAAGGCCCGGGUCUUCCACCACCACCUGCCGCCCAUGCGCCAUAUCCACCUGGGCCUGGAAAUCCACCGCCUGCCGGCCCAGCAGAACCACCAGCAGCUAGCUCAAGCACCCUCGUACCCAUCAACAACGCACAAAGUGGUGGGGGGCAGUUUCCGGAUGAUCUCGACCCACACAAUGUUCCGCCCGAACUGAAGAAGGAAGGCACUGACUGGUUCGCGGUCUUCAAUGGUAAAGUCAAGCGCGUGUUAGAUGUGUCACUAGUGCACACGCUCAUGCACGAGAGUGUCGUUUGCUGUGUACGAUUUUCUGCAGACGGCAAGUACCUCGCCACCGGCUGUAAUCGCACGGCUCAGAUCUAUGACACAAAGACGGGCGCAAAGACCUGCGUCCUUGCAGAUGAAUCAGCUGGAAAGGCAGGUGACCUGUAUAUCAGGAGUGUCUGUUUCAGCCCCGAUGGGAAAUAUCUUGCAACGGGCGCUGAAGAUAAGCAGAUCAGAAUAUGGGAUAUUGCCAAGAAACGCAUCCGCAACGUUUUCGACGGACAUCAGCAGGAGAUUUACUCACUCGACUUUUCCUUAGAUGGCAGGCUUAUCGUCUCGGGAUCGGGCGAUAAAACUGCCCGUAUCUGGGACAUGGUUGAUGGGUCAUCUAAAGUGCUCACAAUCAAUGACGCCGAUCCUGUGAACAACGAUGCAGGCGUAACCUCUGUGGCUAUCUCACCAAACGGCCAACUGGUUGCGGCUGGUAGUCUUGAUACCGUUGUGCGCAUCUGGGACGUGGGAACGGGCUCCCUCAUCGAGCGCCUGCGGGGUCAUAGGGACAGCGUCUACAGCGUUGCGUUCACGCCCGACGGGAAGGGGUUGGUGAGCGGUAGCUUAGACAAGACUCUGAAAUACUGGGAUGUCAGCGGGCUUCUCGCAAAACGCAAGGAGGCGGUGGCCAAUGGGAAGAAAGAUGAUAAGGGCAGCCAGUGCACCAUGAACUUCUUGGGCCACACGGAUUACGUGCUCUCCGUUGCUGUGUCGCAUGAUGGGCAGUGGGUUGUGUCAGGGUCCAAGGACCGUGGUGUCCAGUUCUGGGACUCGCACACCGCAACGACGCAGUGCAUGCUUCAAGGACACAAGAACUCUGUCAUCUCUAUCGAUUUGAGUCCCGCGGGCAGUAUCUUGGCUACGGGCAGCGGUGAUUGGCAGGCGCGGAUUUGGAGCUACACCAACAUCUAAUUCAUGCACCAGUGUGGAGUCCACUUUCCAUUCCCGUAGCGCAGCAAUGCACAUUCGCAUUUAUAUGUACUCGAUUCUCUUGUUUUAUUCGUGUCGCAUGUGACCCUUCUACCCCUGUUUGCUUUCCGGUGCUCCCCCAGCGUCCCUUCUACAGGUUUCUGUGCUUCUGCUGUGAAUGGUUUAUUGGUAUCCACACCUUGUUACUCUUGUGUAAUGUACUUGUUGUUAGCUUUAUAUCCUGUUGUCUAAUAAUUCAAUUUCUACUAGUA